UAUUUGUUGAUAUUUGCAUAUUUUAAAUUCGAAAUAGUUAUGGAAGAAAGCUUAACUGCGCGUUACGUUUAAAGAGACUUAAACACCGUUAAUUGAAAGUUUGUGUUAAACGAUUUCUUAUUAUUCUGCAAUAUUGUGACAGAAGAAAUAACGGUAGUGUACUUAAGGUAGCAACUGAGAAAUAUAUUCGUCAACAAAAUGGAUCCAGCAGCAUUCUUGAAUGUGGCCAAUCAGGUCAUAAAGUUGAAAAUGUUUCCUUACUUUGACAUUGCAAACAGCCUGCUUGCCGCACUAGCUGUUAGAGAAGAUCUAGGUUCGAAUGCACAAUCAUUUUCACGUAAACAUCCGCUUGCAUGUUGGCUAUCUACGAUGCUUGUAAUAUUCGCCGGAGGCAUGGUCUCCAAUGCUCUGCUUGGUGAACCUAUAUUGGCCCCUCUGAAAAACACACCACAAUUAUUCGUGAGCACAGUUGCAUGGUACUUGGUUUUCUACACACCCUUUGAUAUCGGUUAUAAAAUCGGCAAGUUCCUCCCAAUUGAAGUAGCUGCUAGUGCAAUGAAAGAGAUUUAUCGUGCAAAGAAUAUCUAUGAUGGUGUCUCCCACGCUGCCAAGUUGUACCCAAACGCCUGGAUAAUUAUGAUUAUAAUUGGAACAUUGAAGGGCAACGGUGCUGCAUUCACAAAACUUAUAGAAAGACUGAUUCGGGGAGCAUGGACUCCGACAGCUAUGGAGUUCAUGCAGCCUUCAUUUUUCACCAAAGCUUCUUUGUUAGCUUCAAUAAUAUUUGUACUGGAUAAGAAAACAGACUGGAUUCCAGCGCCCCAUGCUUUGGUUUACUUCGGUAUUGUUAUAUUCCUGGUAUACUUCAAACUAUCAUCAAUUCUUUUGGGUACACAUGAUCCUUUCCUACCAUUCGAAAAUCUGUCCUGCGCAAUAUUCUUCGGUGGUAUUUGGGAUAGCUUAGCAAAAAUCUUGGGACAAGGUCAAGUAAAAGGUGAUGUAAAAGGAAGCAAAAAGCGGAACUAAAAGACCGAUCAGCAGCGAAAGACGUUAAAAAUUGCUUUAAGUCUAUAACCAACAAAUACAACAAC